UCCAAUAAAAUAUCGUGUUAUUAUGAUGGAAGAUGUAUACUUGUAGCAUAGGAACGCGGUAUUCAAAAUAUUUUAUUUUUUGUAUUUUCUUUCUUUAUUUGUUAGUGUAAAAAAUGAAAUUAUCUCUGAAUUGAUUUGAACUUGAAAAGAUAAGAUUUUACAUACGUGAAAAAAGACUUAAUUUUGAUUUUUAUAGAAAAUAACCGAAAGCUCGACAUAAAUAAGGUUAUUUUUAAUACGAUAUUGGAUAUCAAAGGCUGCUUGAAAUAAGAGAGUGAAUGUCUGUUUAACACGUAGUUUCAUUAUGCCCCUUGUGGACAAGUCAAAUACGUAUACUGGGGUCGGAGUCGGGGCCUCUGGUGUAGGUAGUUUGGUUUCGAUCCUGGCGUUUGCGCUUCCAUAUUGGAUUUAUUACGAUGAGGACCUAACUCUCACUGACGGAACCGGAAGUCAUCAAGUUCAGUGGACGUACUAUUAUGGUUUCUGGAAAUUCUGUAAUAAAGUGUCGUCUGAUGUGUCGAACUCAGAUAGAUGUGGAAGUGUCGAGUCACAUUCAGAUGUUGAGCAGACAACAGCAUGUCUUCUGCUACUUGCCAUUCUAUUAUUUGUAAGCGGUGUUGCUAAUGGUUGCCUGUACCUGACCAUAUUUAAGAAAGAAAAGCUAUGUCUCUACAUAACUUGGAUAUCUGUGGUAGCAGCGGAAACCGGGGCAAAGUCAAAGCGGAAACGAAGACAACCUUCAGAACUACAGCUCAGACGGGUCCGCGAAAUGACAGAUGUUUAUAGCGCUUCACCAUCGGUUCAAGCAAUAUAUCCCCCACACCAGUCACACAAGUCUGCCCCCUGGAACAGCGCUCGUUCAAGGCCGAAAACAUCAACCUUGCUGAAGUGGUCAUUGCAUGCGUAUGGGGUUGAGUCUAUCCCAAAACUUCCAAAACAUUUAAAGUCACCAAUGAGGAGUGGAACGGAAUCCGUCACACUUGAGGAUCGUGAAAUAAAUGGAAAGAACUGUUCCAAUGCGUAA